CUUCUUGAGCGCUUCGGUGUACUAGAAACGCGAGCUCCGGCAUAGGUUGGUGUCAAGGUCCGAGGAGGACCAGGCCCAAUGUCCGGAUUAGUAAGCCGGCGAAUGCCGACACAAAAAUCUUCAUCACAGCGUUCCAUCUUGAUCCUUGAUCAUCAUCGUCGGCGACUUUCGCGCUCAGCAGCCACCGUCUUCCGCGCUCGUCGCCACCACCAAAAGCCCCCACAUCCCAAGCAAGUGCUUGGAAGUCACCAAAACCGCCCAAUAUGUCUGCCGAAGAUACUCUCCAGGAUGUCGCCGAGGGCGAGAUUGAGUCCAACUGGGACCAGGUCGUCGACAACUUCGACAACAUGAACCUGAAGCCGGAGCUUCUCCGUGGUAUCUACGCCUACGGUUUUGAGCGUCCGUCUGCGAUUCAGCAGCGCGCUAUCGUCCCCGUCGUGAAGGGCCACGACGUUAUUGCGCAGGCGCAGUCGGGUACCGGCAAGACCGCUACCUUCUCGAUCUCCAUCCUGCAGCAGCUCGAUAUGUCGAUCAAGGGCACCCAGGCGCUUAUCCUCGCACCCACGCGUGAGCUCGCGCAGCAGAUCCAAAAGGUCGUCAUCGCGCUUGGCGACUACAUGAACAUCGAGUGCCACGCGUGUGUCGGUGGUACCGUCGUCCGCGAGGACAUUGCAAAGCUCCAGGAGGGUGUUCACGUCGUUGUCGGCACCCCGGGUCGUGUCCACGACAUGAUCAACCGUCGCGCCCUCCGCACCGACAACAUCAAGAUCUUCUGUCUCGAUGAGGCCGAUGAGAUGUUGUCGCGUGGUUUCAAGGACCAGAUCUACGAGGUCUUCCAGCUUCUUCCUCAGGACAUCCAGGUCGUCCUCCUGUCCGCCACGAUGCCGGCCGAGGUCUUGGAGGUCACGAAGAAGUUCAUGCGCGAGCCCGUUCGCAUCCUCGUCAAGCGCGACGAGCUUACGCUUGAGGGUAUCAAGCAGUUCUACAUCGCCGUCGAGCGCGAGGAGUGGAAGCUCGACACGCUCUGCGAUUUGUACGAGACCGUCACCAUCACGCAGGCCGUCAUCUUCUGCAACACCCGCCGAAAGGUCGACUGGCUGACGGAGAAGAUGCACGCGCGCGAAUUCACCGUGUCCGCCAUGCACGGCGACAUGGAGCAGAAGCAGCGUGAGGUCCUCAUGAAGGAGUUCCGUUCAGGCUCUUCUCGUGUCCUGAUCACCACCGACUUGCUCGCCCGCGGUAUCGAUGUUCAGCAAGUAUCCCUCGUCAUCAACUACGACUUGCCGACGAACCGGGAGAACUACAUCCACCGUAUCGGCCGUGGCGGUCGUUUCGGUCGCAAGGGUGUCGCAAUCAACUUCGUGACCACCGACGACGUGCGCAUGCUCCGCGACAUCGAGCAAUUCUACAACACCCAGAUCGACGAAAUGCCUCUCAACGUUGCCGACCUCAUUUAAGCGUUUGACGAACCCUCGACGAACUCUGACGCUUGCACACGUUUCUUUCUCCUCUUGUUUUCGUCCUUCCUCACUGCGUCUCUCUGUCUCAUCAUAUCGUACUGUAGC